CCCAAACGUCUCUGGUGUUAAACAUGUCACCAAUAACUUGUACUAACCCACUACUUGUUAAAGUAGCCUAACUCAGACACUGCAGCUGUGGCGUGUUCUGCCAACAGUGUUGAAUUUUGUGUGAGACGUUUCCUCUGCAGCCGAGACGUGUAGGACCAACGUUAGUCGUCUUCAGGGCAGUUUAACCACCUUAAUGCGACAUUACUCCGUCGUUAACCUCCAGAGCAUGAAGGCGCUAACGUUUGGGAUAACUCUUGCCCGACAUGGGGAAACACAGUACAAUAAAGAAGGCCUGCUACAAGGCCAGGCUAUAGAUUCACCCUUGUCUGACAUCGGGCUGCAGCAGGCUGAGGCUGCAGGCCGUUACCUGAAAGAUGUCAAAUUCAGCAACGUGUUUGUCAGUGACAUGCUGCGGGCCAAACAGACUGCUGAAGCAAUAAUGAAACACAACAGUAGUUGUUCUGGUCUACAGAUGGCGUGUGACCCUUUACUUAAAGAGAAAAGCUUUGGGAUAGCAGAGGGGCAACGGGUGCAGGAAGUGAAAGAGAUGGCCAAGGCAGCCGGUCAGUCGUUUCCAAUCUUCACUCCUCCAAACGGGGAGACGCAGGAGCAGGUGACGGAGCGGGUCAAAGAGUUUCUGGAGAAAAUGCUUCAGCAAAUCGGGGCUGAACACUGGCGUGACAGAGGGGAGGAUGGAAUCUCAGAAACAUCUCCUGUGGAGGGAAAGGCAGACGAUGGGGUCAGGGGUGUCCCGGUCCACGCUUUGGUUGUCAGCCACGGGGCCUACAUGUGUGUGGCGGUGCGCUUCCUUGUGGAGGAGUUACACUGCUCCUUGCCUCCAGGUUCUGACAAAGCACACUUGUUCUCUUUAAGUCCUAACACAGGUCUGUGUCGGUUUAUACUAAACAUGCGGAAAGAGGACGACAGGUUCAAAUUGUCCGGGAUCCGUUGUGUGUUCGCUCACAGAGGGGACCAUGUUAAACAGUAGGAGAAACAUACAAUGUUAAAAAGCUCCACACACUCAACACUGACAGUUUACAAUUGUAAAAGAUUUUAUUUAUAGGUUCUGUAUUUAUUUUUCAUUUGGUGCUCAGUCACCUCACGGCACAGUUUGAUCACAUAUUGAAAUGGAUGGAUCAAAUCCUCGUUGUUCAAUGUAAGCAUGUUUUCACAAUGGAACUGUGAAACAAAAAAAUGUUAGGUCAAGUGUUUAGGUGCUAUUUAUUAUUAUAUAGCUGAGUGGCUCUCAGCCUUGUCUUGUAUCAAGGAUCCCUGAAUGAAUAAAACAGUAGGUUAUGGACCCUCACUUGAAAAGAUAUAACUUAGGGGACCUCCAUCUGAAAAGACUUAGGUCAUUAGAUCCUAUGAUCUGAAUAGUCACUCUUGUGACUCUAACUCACAUUGGGCUCGCUUCUAUAGUGAAUUAAAUAGUGAUGAUAAACUAUUCCCCAUUUUUCUUGGGAACCCCUAAAAUGCUUAAAUUAAUUGAAUUUGAAUUGAAUCUGGUUUAAAUUCACCAAGAUAAAUAAUUAAAUACAGCUGCAUUAUUUUUUUACAGUGGACUCCAACAAAAUCUGUUUUACAUUCAAGCUCUGAAUGCUGGUUCAUAAGUUGAGCUAUGUCAUUUAACCUCAGGUAGAUGGUUUGUGUUGCAGGGCAGUGUCAUCAUCACUUUGUUACUGUCUGGCUGUUCAUUACUGUAAAUGCAGGCAGCUUUUUGCUCUAAUGAGUUCGUGUUUCUAUAUUUAUUCUCCGGAAGUUCAGAGAUCCUUUGCAGGAACACGGAGCAGGACUGCAACAGUGUUGACUUUUUUGGAAAUCAGUGACUUUGUCAUUGUUGGGAAUUAACGCUUUGGUCAACAAGGGCAAGUGCAUUCAAGAAAGAGUGCAUGCAUGUUGUGUGUUACUGAAGUAUGGAUGCACUGUUUCUCUACUUUUCAUUCCUCUCCCAGUGUAAAACAAAAUCAUGUGCUGACUGCUGAGCUGGAUUGUAUGAAAAAACAUUGUGCAGUUUCUAUUGCUGUUGUUACUCUGAUUCUGUAACUGAAAACACUUUAUAAUGUAGGAAAACUGUCAGACUUUACCAGGUUAGUCUAUUUUUUAAAUUAGGCAAUGUAGCUGUUAAUGUUUCUGUACCAUAGUGGGAUUUGUAGAAACUUGCCAAUAGUGAUAAAAGAUCCUUUUCAGCCGAAACUCCCUAAAAAAACCCCGAUAUUCAAUCUGUGCUGGUUCUCAUCUGUUCAUAUUUGCAUUAUAUACACCCUUGAACUUUACAUUUUGAUUUACAAACAUGUUCUAGCCUAGAAUAUAUCGUUUCAGUAAGUAUGUAUCUUCCUUUGUAUCAUUAUCUACAAUAUUUGACAUGCAUUUCAUUUGGACCGAGGCAGUAUUAUUAGAAUCAGGAUUAUUAUGCCUAUUAGUAUUAAUAGGAUGUGUCCCCCCCACAUAAAUAAACUGGUUGUACUACUGUGGUGUACUGCAGGUCUGCGUGUGAUUUCGGCAAGUGGUGUCAGCGUACCACAGCAAAAGCCAAUGUCCGGCUCACUAAAAUGGCCUUCAGUCAUCAAAACCUUAAGAACUCCUAGUGAUUUUUCAUAUUUCUCUAAAAUGGUCAAUUUUACCUGACCCCUCUUGAGGCUUCGGUCGCAGAAGGUGUUGAUUAAUGUUGAGUAGCCAAGCAUGGCGCUGAUUUAGACAUUAUUUGUCCAGGUCUAAUAUUUGCCAGUGACAUAACUAAUUGGCUGUGCGGAUAAUAACAAUGUGACUUUUGUGGCCUUUCUUUGGGAAAUAAUUGGAUGGUGAGCUAAAGAGUGAGCGGCAAUUAUCUGUUGUUCUAGCAGGCUGUGUGCAGUGACCAUAAUGUCUGUGGCCAGGGACAUUUUAAAUGUUAAAGUAAUUCUUAAGUGACUCGUUGGUAGCCGUAACUUUGGUAAGGCACCCCAAUGAAAAUGUUAAACUAAGAGGGGAGGAAAGCAACAUUUAUUCCCAGUGUCGUACAGACAAAUCAGACAGACGAUCCACAGAAUAGUCACCAUUUAUUUUUCCACAUUAGAAACAACACAACUUGAAAUAUAUAAAUAAUAAAACAGAAGGCUAAGAAGGAAGUCAUUUAACACAUUUCAAUAAAUAAAUACCUUUUCAUCGCUGUGACUACUGGUGUCCGGCACCUGACAUUAUUUGAUCCUGUUUAUAUCUAUGUUAUGGCUACAAACAAAUAGCAGAUGUUAUUUUAUUUUUUUUCAUUAUGCGCUGGUCUAUUUUUGUUAAGUUUGUAAACUCCUGUCAUGAAGCUUUACUGUAUCAACACAUGUAUGUAUAAAUAUUCAUAAUUACUUACAGAUUACACACUUUUACAUAUGCAAAACAAACAUUGCCACAUCUGGCCCGAGGUUUAAAAUUUAACUGACAAUAGAGGUUAAAGGACAGCAGGACCGACGCUGGACCAAACUUGCUGCAUGAUUAUGUAGAAUGUUGCCAAACUUAUCCUUCGUCUGCUGUUCAAACAGAGGGUCUGUACAAGCUGCUGUGAUGUAACACGGUUUGUGAGUACAUUACCGAGCGUAAUGGUACCGUAAAAACAAA